AUGUCGGAAGAAGCCCCGCCAAAGACUAUAUCGUCGUUGGUGACCGAGUAUCUCGAUGAGCCACCAAGUUGUCUGGAGUUCUGCCCGGUCGACCCCAACUACUUUGUUGUGGGAACAUAUCUGCUUCAAGAGACUCGAGAAAGUGCCGGAGAGAAGAAGAGUGAGAGUGGAACAAACGAAGAAGAUAAUGACGAAGAAGAAACUGCCCCCAGCUCGGUCAAGCAGACAAAGACAGGAUCUUUGCAGUUGUGGCAUCUGGAUAUCACAGCCUCUAAACUAAAGCAAACACAAGUGGUACCUCUCCCCUUUGCCGUCUUCGACAUAGAAUUUCACCCAAUUCGGCAACAUAUCCUCGGCGUCGUAGGCAGUGAUGGCUCUAUCUCUAUCUAUAGUGUCUCGAAGGAUGAGAACACCGAUGGAAGCACUGUGCCACAAAUCCAACAUUUUUGGUCAACAAAGGGGGAACGUCCCGGUGUUUCGGCUCUGUACUUCAGCUGGUUUCCAAAAGACUGGUUUCCACUAGCCUCAAUACCAUACACCGAUGGCUUUGCGGUGUCACUCUCGAAUGGUAUAACACGCAUUCUUAUUCUCCAACCCGAACCUGGAAAGUCAUACGACAUUGCAAAAAACAAGGGAUCUCAAAAAGGAGGGGGCUGGAAUUUCCUAUGCACUGAAUAUUUGCCCGAGCGCCGAAAAGGUAUCGAACCAUGGUUCGUUGCAUUGGCCAGAUACGCGAAUCCAAUGCAUCCUGGUGGAAAGGAAUCCUAUUUGUUUACUGGAGACGAUAUGGGGACAUUAGGGACACAGAGUUAUGCAUAUCCUGAUGACGGGCACCACAGUUGGGAACUCGAGGAGAUAUGGCCUAGUUGCAAUUAUAGGAAUACCGACGAUGCAGGUCGCCAUCAUACUGCGGGCGGUGUCACGUCUAUCUUGCCACUGCCCAUUUCGCAUUUGGUCAAACAGGCGCCGAUCAUUUUGACGGGUAGUUAUGAUGAAUACAUCCGCGUUUACCAUGCCACGAUCAAGGGCUCUGUACUCGCCGAGAAACGCCUAGGAGGCGGAGUAUGGCGUCUACAAGUCAUCAACGUCGAAGUCAUCCCCCUGCGGCAAACGGCUGCCGGAGAACCACUCUCGGAAGAGCGAUAUUUGAUUCUGGCGAGCUGUAUGCAUGCUGGUACCAGAAUCGUGAGAGUUUCUUGGAAGAGAAAGCGCUUGUCAGAUCUCGAAAUCGGCGAUUGGGAUAUAGAAGUGUUGUCGCAGUUUACAGAGCAUGAAAGUAUGAAUUAUGCCUCGGGUGUAUGGAAGGGAAGGGAUCAUGCUACGACGGGAAAGGAGUUGGUGUGCGUUUCUAGCAGUUUCUAUGAUAGGAGGCUGUGUUUGUGGAAGGCUCAGAUCUAA